GGCUACCCCGCCUUCCUCACAGAUCCAUCGAUCUGCCAUCCCCUCCUUCCAGAGAACCACAAACCUAGCGCAGCGCGGCGCGGGGGCGGCCGCCGGGCGCAGCAGGGCAACGCACGCGGUGCGAUCAUCGUCGUCGGCGAAUCCAUCGACGAUGGGCGGCGGCAACGGCCAGAAGGCCAAGAUGGCCCGCGAGCGCAACAUGGAGAAGAGCAAGGCGGCCAAGGGGAGCCAGCUUGAGACCAACAAGAAGGCCAUGAGCAUCCAGUGCAAAGUGUGUAUGCAAACCUUCAUGUGUACCACGACUGAAGUGAAGUGCAGGGAGCAUGCCGAGGCUAAGCAUCCAAAGUCAGACGUGUACCAGUGCUUCCCCCAUCUGAAGAAAUGAAAGCCUGCACUAGCAACCAGUGCCGUGGCCACGGAGCUCAGAAAAUGUGUCUGUUAGCUUUGCGUGUUGAUCACCGUCGGUAUACGGUCUUCCUUUUGUGAAGGGAGCUCAUUCCGUGUUAUCUGCUGUCUAUCAGGCGUCCUGUCCUAUGUUCUCUUACAUAAGAAAGUGAUGUGGUGUCUAAUGAAAUUAUUGUCUGCUGUUAAAACCUUGUUGGUUUCAGAACAAUAAGUUUCAUGAGAAUUGUGCCAAUUCGCAUUAUGUUGUA